AGAGUAGUACCAAGACUCUGCCAGCGUUUUCUGACUAGAAACGAUAGCGUACAGUUCAAGACAGUUCAAUUAGUUGGUGCGUUCACAGCAGAACGUUUGGAGCAGAGCGGAGUGCUAGAGACAACUUACAGACGAAGAAAGUGUGAAGAACGUACGAAAAAAAACAAAAAGGAAAUCAGCUGAUUGUGAAAGCGGAAAUUACAAAAAAGAAACAAUAAUACAGUAGCCUAGAAGGUGAAUUACUUAUUACGUCUAAUAAAAUGGCAUCCCUUAAAUUACUCACCACCUUGAAGUCAUCAAAUCCAACGGUAGCUUUUAACGUUCAACGUUCCUUGUUAACAAAAUGUUUAAGAAAUCAAAAACGUUUUUAUGCAAUACUUUCAUCUGUUCAAAGUAAUUUUCCAAAUCAAUUGUCACCAAGUGAUCUCGCAAAUAAAUGUGAUAUUUUAAAUUUAUUACAAAGAAAUAUGUCGUCAGUUGGGGACAAGCCAAAAUUAGUGAAGGUGGAGGAAUCCAGACGUUUUAUGAUCGAUUGUUUUAAAGCAGUCAAUGUGCCACAAGAUCAUGCUGAACAACAAGCCGAUUUAUUGGUGGGAGCCGAUUAUCGCGGUCACUUCAGUCAUGGCAUGAACCGUUUGGAGAUGUACCUAAAUGAUUUGAGCAUUAACUCCACAAAUGGUGCAGCCCUUCCCACCGUACUCAAGGAGACACCUUCAACCGCCUGGGUGGAUGGUAACAAUGGUCUUGGCGCUGUUGUGGGCAAUUUCUGCAUGGAUUUGGCUAUUAAAAAGGCUAAACAAGUUGGUGUCGGUUGGGUAUGUGCCAAGGGCUCCAAUCACUACGGCAUGGCUGGCUGGUAUCCCAUGAGAGCCAUGAAAGAAGGUUUGGUUGGCAUGUCUAUGACUAAUACCUCACCCUUAAUGGCACCUACCCGCUCCAAAGAGGCUGCCUUAGGCACAAAUCCCUUGUCUUUGGGUGUUCCCGUAAAGGACGACAAAUUCUUGCUUGAUAUGGCCACAACAGCUGUAGCCGUUGGCAAAAUUGAAAUACAACGUCGCAAGGCUGAACCUUUGCCCCAUGGUUGGGCCCAAGAUCCUAAUGGUGCUGUGACUACCGAUCCUGAUCUAGCCUUCCAAACUGGCUGCCUAAUGCCCUUGGGCGGUGCUGAAAUCAAUUCUGGUUACAAAGGUUAUGGUUUGGGUGCUUUGGUAGAUAUCUUAUCUGGCGUCAUGUCUGGUGCCAAUUACUCCACCAAGGUGCGUAAGUGGACCCAUGCUGGUGCUAAUUCUGCUGCUGAUUUGGGUCAAGUAUUUAUUGCUGUUGAUCCCAAUUGCUUUGCUCCCGACUUCGAAGAUAGAAUGACCGAUUUCAAUUCUCGUUUGCGUGGUUGUGAACCUACUAAUCCCGAAAAACCUGUACUUGUUGCUGGCGAUAAGGAAUCCAUAAACAUGAACGCUGUCGAUUCCGUUGGUGGCAUUCAAUAUUUACCAAAUCAAUUGCAAACAUGCGAAAGCUUAUCUCAACGUUUCAAUGUCAAACCUUUAAGUUUUGUUUAAUUUAAUUUAUUAACAACCAUAAAGUCAUAAAUUUUAUUAUUUUUAUUUUGCUGUUUAAAUUAAAUUUUAUGUAUUUUUUUUUCGUUUUUUAGCAUGUAAAAUAUAUAUUUAUGCAUUUCUUUUUUAUUAUUAUUUUUAACUUUAAUUACUUUAAUAUUUUAAAUUUAGUACGAAUUCUUUUGUACGGCAUUUUUGAAAAUUAUAAUAAUAACUACAUACAUAUGUAUAUUUUUUUAAGAAAAUUAAUGAGUUUUAACUUUUUAGUGGAUGAAAAUCAAAAUACAUAUCAAAAAAAUUAAAUUUAUUGUUUUGCUAAAAAUACAAAA